AUGGCCACCGAAGAAGAUAUCGCAUGGUUCAGGUCGACCUUUCGCCCAAUUCCCAAACCUGAACUUCCUGACGAUGCCAUUGACUACUUCAUUUACCAUCUACCCUCCCCCCCCCCGCCGUGGUUGACGAGGCGGCAGAGGCCCGAGCGCAAUUACAAGAAGUUCAGCGUACGCGAGGGCUUUCGCUUGGAGUUGACCAAUGAACAUGGCACUCCUUGUCUUCGGGGACGCACCAACUUUGGCGAUUCUAUUGAGGACGAAUGGGUGAUUGUUUUCAUCCUCCGUGAGCUGACAACCCGGCAUAAGGAUAUCUGGGCGCGGGUUGUUGAUAGCGACGGCGAAUUCUUGCUUGUGGAGGCCGCGGGCACCCUCCCUGCAUGGCUGGAACCUGAAGUGGCAGACAACCGGGUCUGGAUUCAUCAAGGGCAUCUACGGAUCAUCAAGCCGAAACAAGAAAAGGGACGCAACAUUACCGAAAAACUCACGCUCUCUGAUGCGCACAACAUUAUUCGAAAAGAGCCUAAUCGCUUUAUCAAAUCAACGAUCAUCGAAGAGGAAGCAUUUUACCGGCUGCGCAAAUACCCGAAGCAAAUUAAUGAGAACCUCCAUUCCGCAGUCCUGACCAUCCCUCGCAAAGUUGCCUUCCUCUUACAUCAGAAGCCAGCGUACAUAUCCCCAGCCGUGGAGGCGUUCUACAUCCGAGACCCCAUUGCUCUCAAGCCGUUGCGUACAAAGGAUGCGUCCCAGCUCACCUUUAGUCCGGACGAUUUGGUCACCGUGAGUGUGAAAUUCACCCGAGUCGGAUUUGCACAGUUGAAAAGCCAAGAAUUUCCUGUGCCCAAUAGCUGGACAUCAAAGUUGCCUCCAAUGGACGAUGCCAAGGCUUAUUCUCGAGCUGAGGCCGGCAUGAAACUUGCUUGUGGAUUCGAAAUGCUGCUUCAUGAUCCCCACCAUCAAGACAAGGCCUCUGUGCGUGAAAUGAAGCUUCUUCUUGAGGAUAUCGAGACUGGCGAUGAACAACUUCCAAGCGACGAGGAAAUUGCCCGCUCUUGGAGCCAGCAGGAAGACGAUGAAAGCUGGAUGGACAUCAACUUUGAAGACCUGGAUAGAGAGCUGAAAGGUAAAAAGAAGGCUGGUGAACAGAGAGGAGGGGACUUUGGGGACGCGAGUGCGCAAGAGAACUUGCAACGAAUUGUCGCUCGGUUUGAGGAGUUUUUGAACGACAAUUCGGCAGGCUUUGAAGGGGCAGAUUUCAUCGACGAUUUCGAUUCAGACUCGGACGUGGACGAAGACGAGGAUGAGCUGAGCAGCGAUGGAGAGGACAAGGACGCCUCAUUCGACGAAGAAGAAUUUUCCAGAAUGAUGAAAGAAAUGAUGGGCAUGCCAUCAAAGUCUGGCGGGCCUCCCGAUGUUUCUGCGGCUUUGCGCAACCGAAUUAAAGAACUGGACGAUUCAUCAGACGAGGCGGACGACACUCAGCAGAUUGAGGAGCUCGCAAAGCAGAUGGAGGCCGAGCUCAAGGGCACUGGAGUCUUGGACCUCAACAGACACCGAGGAAAAGCGAAUGCGGACGCAACAUCUUCUCUCCAAGGGAAAGAGUCAUCUUCGGGGCUUGGCGCGGAGGGCAACGACGAGGAUGACAACGUCAAUAUCAACCUUGCUAAAAAUCUUCUCGAAGCCCUCCAGGGCCAGGCUGGUGCUACUGGGCCAGCUGGAAGCAUGCUGUCCAUGUUGAAUCUUCCCGUACCAAAAGACGACCGUUCAUGA